CUUCACCUGGCUGCUCGUCUCUCUCAGCCUCUCGAAGCGUCUCAUUCCACCUCAAGCCUCUCCCUCCACUUCUGUCCUCCUCAAGGAGCUGCUGCCGCUCACUCACUCCACGUCCUGUGCCUGUCUCUGCAGUGUGGUGGAGCACCGCAGGAGAGCAGGAUGCCUGCUGGGAGAGGAGGGGUCGGAGCCGGGUCAGGACUCGGCUGCGGGACAGCUCUUCGCUCUGGGCUGUGGACGACGCUGGCGUGGGGCGUUGUGGUGCUGCUGGCAGGUGGUGGAUGUGCGGAGGCGUGCCCGGCUCUGUGCAGCUGCCUGGGGAACACGGUGGACUGUCACGGCCUGGGGAUCCACUCCGUACCCAAGAACAUCCCCAGAGGGACCGAGAGGCUUGACCUGAACGGAAACAACCUGACAGUCAUCACCAAGACGGACUUCUCUGGUCUCAAACACCUCAGAGUUCUACAUCUAAUGGAGAACCAGAUCGGUAACGUUGAGAGGGGAGCGUUUGAUGAGCUGAGGGAGCUGGAACGACUUCGUCUCAACAAGAAUCAUCUCAGUCAACUUCCAGAGCUGCUGUUCCAGAAGAAUGAAGCUCUGUCUCGACU